CAAGUCGACAUUUUUUACGCAGGCGUCCUGAAAUCUCGGUUGUGUUCUUAUCAGUUUUCAAUUUUCACCUACAUUAGGGUGCUCAGAGACCUGGUUCCUGUCCCUUCUCAGCCCUUAUAUCUGACCACGGCAACCAGGCAGGCGAUCCCGAUCUCGAGGGCGCUGGGCUGACCCGGGGUCUGUGCGAGGAGUCUCCAUGGCGCCACGGAUUGCCCCGGAAAGGGCCUCCGCACAGUCUGCGUUCUGUAAGCCCGGGACUGUGAGCUUCGCGGACGUGGCCGUGUACUUCUCCCCGGAGGAGUGGAGGUGUCUGCGGCCGGCGCAGAGAGCCCUGUACCGGGAGGUGAUGCGAGAGACCUAUGGUCUCCUGGGCUCUCUCGGAGUCGGAGGCGCCAAACCAGCGCUCAUCUGCUGGGUGGAGGAAGAGACCGAACUGUGGGGACCCUGUGCCCAGGACCCCGAGGUGGCCAUGUGCAAGACAGAAGUCGACUCAGAUUGCAGACAUGAGGAGGAACGGAAGAGAUCAAAGGAAGAGACGGAGGCAAUCCAGGAGACGUUUUCUACAGAAGCUGGGCUGAAGGAGCCAUGCCCCUCCUUUGCUGUCCCUCCUAGCAACUUGGAUCUGCUGUCCAAGGACCCUCAACAGGGGCAGCCCACCUCUGGUGCUGUUCAGGCCACGGUCCUAAGGGCAGACAAGGGUCAUGCGUGCCAUGUGUGUGGGAAGAGUUUUGCCCAGAGGCCCACACUGGUGGAGCACCUGUAUGCUCACACAGGUGAAAAGCCAUUUUGUUGCCCAGACUGCAACAAAUGCUUUGGCCGGGCUUCUUCUCUGAGCACGCACCGAGCUGUACACCGAGGGGAACGGCCUCAUCGCUGUCCAGACUGUGAGAAGUGUUUUUCCCAUCGGUCCACAUUGGUGGCGCACAUGUACACGCACACAGGAGAAAAGCCAUUCCGUUGCCCUGACUGCAGCAAGUCCUUUGGCCGGGCAUCUUCCCUGAGCACACACCGGGUCAUACACCGAAAGGAGCGGCCUCAUCGCUGUUCUCACUGUGAGCGGACCUUCACACAGCGCUCUGCACUCGCCAGCCACCUCCGCAUCCACACCGGGGAGAAACCUUACUGUUGUGCUGACUGUGGCCGCUGCUUCAGUCGGAGCUCUGGGCUCCACGAGCACCAGCGGGUCGUGCACAGUGGCGUGACCCCCUUUCCCUGCACACACUGUGGCAGAGCCUUUGCCGAUUCCAAAUACCUUCGGCGCCACAUGCGCACCCACACGGGUGAAAAGCCUUAUUCAUGCCCUGACUGUGGACACUGCUUUCGUCAGGGCUCUGAAAUUGCAGCCCACAGGCGGACCCACACUGGUGAGCGUCCCUACCCCUGUCCUCAGUGUGGCAGGCAGUUUCGCACAAAGUCAGCUAUGACAAGCCACCAGUGGGUUCAUAGGCCAGGAGCUAAAGGCCAUAAGGACAGAAAAGCCAGUCAGUUAUCUAUAUCCCUGGGCACUGGCCAAGAGGACCCGGAUCCACCUGUGGGCUUCCGGCACUACCCAGAGAUAUUCCAGAAGUGCGGGGAAUGGUCUUAAAAGUGCCAACAUAGAGGGAGAAAUGUGUACAUUGUUUGAAGCCCAGAUGCGUGAAUCUAUGGCAUCCUCCGUAAGUCACAGAGGAUGCUGGUCUAGCUGGUGCUGGUCCUGGGCACAGCUGCUUACUUGAUGCAUUUGCAUAUGCUGGGAUCCUACUGCCGGCUCUGGGGUGGGGAGGUUGGAGAGGUUGAAAAAGAACCUUGUUGA